AUGGGGCAAGCGAAGACGAAGCUGAACAUCAUCAUCUGCGGACUGGACAACAGCGGUAAAACCACCAUCAUCAACUUUAUGAAGCCGGAGAACCAGCGCUCCGAGAACAUCGCGGCCACCGUGGGGUACAACGUGGACAGCUUCAAGAGGGGAAAUGUGUAUAUUACGGCGUUCGACAUGAGCGGCGCGCAGAAGUUCCGAGGACUGUGGGAGAGCUACUACAGCAACAUAGACGGCGUCGUGUUUGUGAUCGACAGUAGCGAUGCUCUCCGCAUGUGCGUGGUGAAGGACGAGCUGGAACAGAUGCUCAAUCACGCCGAUCUCAAGAUGGGCAAGGUGCCGUUUGUGUUCUUUGCCAACAAGAUGGACCUCGCAGGGGCAAAGACGCCGAUGGAGCUGACACAGAUCCUGCAGCUGAAUAGUCUCAUGGGUGAUCAUCCCAUGAACAUAUUCGCCUCCAACGCACUACGAGGCGAGGGCAUUCACGAAGGGAUGGACUGGCUGCGGUCAGUGAUGCUGCGUCGCCUGGAGCUGUCCAAGAAGAAGUGA